AUGGAAUUAAACGGUGGCUCCGUCAUAGCCAUGGUGGGAAAAGAUUGUGUAGCGAUUGCUUGUGAUCUUAGAUUGGGAAACCAAGCAUUGACUGUAGCUUGUAACUUUGAAAAGGUCUUUCCUGUGACGGAUAAGGUUUAUAUUGGUCUUCCUGGACUUGCUUCUGAUACUGUGACUCUGAGACAACAAUUUAGACAUCGAGUUAAUAUGUACAAGAUGAAAGAAGAACGUACAAUCGAACCGGAGACCAUGGCACAUUUGGUUUCGUCUACAUUAUAUCAGAAACGUUUUGGGCCUUACUUUGUUGAACCUGUGAUUGCUGGAUUGAAUUCUAAAAACGAACCGUUUAUUGCUGCUACUGAUCUGAUUGGAUGUAUCAAUUUUGCCAAAGAUUUUGUGGUCUCAGGAACAGCUUCAGAUAAACUGUUUGGAAUGGCAGAAGCACUCUGGGAACCUAAUCUAGAACCUGAAGAUCUUUUUGAGACGAUUAGUCAAUCAUUGAUGAAUGCGAUGGAUCGAGACGCUUAUUCAGGUUGGGGAGCAGUGGUUUGGAUCAUUCAGAAAGAUCAAAUCAUCAAACGAGUUUUGAAGAGUCGAAUGGACUGA